GUUGCUCCCUGCAGCUCAUCCCAGCUCUCACAGUGUCACCUACUUCCAGGACACAAACUGGGGGUUCUCCCACCCAGGUGAUGUUCAGGCUUCUCUCACAACAGCUGCUGUAGUUUCAUGGUCCAGACAAAGCCUGAGGGAAUUGUAUCCCCAGCCCCUUGGCUUCUGCCAUGGCUGGAGGCCCAGAGCUAUCGAUCAGAGAGAGACUCUGCCCACAGGGCAUGGAUCAGCAAGGCAGGGCAGAUGGUCAGUGGCCCUGGGAGGGCUUCCCAGAAAGCUGCCUUCAUGGCAGCUGAUGGUCUGAUCACCCCUGGCCUCUCCCAGGCCUGUGUCUGACCUUGAGCCCUCUGAUCAGAGCAGUCAUGUGGCAGGUUGCUAACGAGGUGACGCCCUGCCCGGGCAGCACAUUGUCAGGGGGAAGAGGAAGCCGAGACAGGCCGAGGGAGAGGCUUCCCAUCUUUUCUGUCCUACCAGCCAUGGAUAGGAAGCAGAAGCAAGCAGAGAAGGCCAGGCCCCAGGGCCUGCUGAAGCCGACGGCUUUAGGGAAGAUCCCGGGCAGAUUCCAGCUCCAUCAGGAGGCACUGCCCCACCUGCCGGUGCCGCCGCUGCAGCAGACGCUGGACCGGUACCUGCUGGCUCUGCAGCCCAUCAUCAGCCAGGAGGAGCUGAACCACACGCAGGAGCUGGUGGCCGAGUUCCGUAAGCCGGGAGGCGUCGGGGAGAGGCUGCAGAAAGGCCUGGAGAGGAGAGCCAAGAAAACAGAGAACUGGCUCUCAGACUGGUGGCUGAAGACAGCUUACCUGGAGUAUCGCCUGCCAGUUGUGGUCCACUCCAGCCCAGGUGUGGUUUUACCCAAGCAGGAUUUUCUGGAUCGACAAGGUCAGCUCAGGUUUGCUGCCAAGCUGAUCGAGGGCAUCCUGGAUUUCAAGACCAUGAUUGACAAUGAGACCCUCCCAGUGGAGUACAUGGGUGGGAAGCCCCUCUGCAUGAACCAGUACUACCAGAUCCUCUCCUCCUGCCGCAUUCCUGGCCCCAAGCGGGACUCCAUUGUCAACUAUGCCCAAGGCAAGAAGCAGUCCAGGCACAUCACAGUGGUUCACAACUUCCAGUUCUUUGAGCUGGACGUUUACAACAGUGAUGGAAGUCCCCUCACCACUGACCAGCUCUUCAUUCAGCUGGAGAAGAUAUGGAACACAUCCCUCCAAACAAACAAAGAACCUAUUGGGAUCCUCACCACCAACCACCGAAACAGCUGGGCAAAAGCCUACAACAACCUUCUGAAAGAUAAGACCAACAAGGAGUCGGUGCGUACGAUCGAGAAGAGCAUUUGCACAGUCUGCCUGGAUGCCCCCAUGCCCCGGGUGUCUGAGGACAUCUACAGGAGCCGGGUGGCUGCUCAGAUGCUGCACGGAGGCGGCAGCCGCUGGAACAGCGGGAACCGCUGGUUCGACAAAACCCUUCAGUUCAUCAUUGCUGAAGAUGGCUCCUGUGGUCUUGUGUAUGAGCAUGCUCCUGCAGAGGGCCCACCCAUCGUUGCUCUUCUGGAUCACAUUGUGGAGUACACGAAGAAGCCUGAGCUGGUGAGAUCACCCAUGAUUCCUUUGCCAAUGCCCAAAAAGCUGCGUUUUAACAUCACCCCGGAAAUCAAGAAUGACAUAGAGAAGGCAAAGCAGAACCUCAACAUAAUGGUUGAAGACCUGGAUGUCAAAGUCAGUGUCUUUCAUCAAUUUGGGAAAAACUUCCCCAAGUCAGAGAAGAUAAGUCCUGAUGCCUUCAUCCAGCUGGCCUUGCAGCUGGCAUAUUACAGGAUGUACGGCCACGCCUGCGCCACGUACGAGAGCGCGUCGCUCCGGAUGUUCCGCCUGGGCCGCACGGACACCAUCCGCUCCACCUCCAUGGACUCCCUGAAGUUUGUGCAGUCCAUGGACAGCCCUGACAAAUCGGACCAGGAGAAAGCAGACUUGCUGAGGAGAGCUACCCAGGCCCACAGGGAAUACACUGAUAUGGCAAUAAAGGGCAAUGCAAUAGACCGUCAUCUCUUGGGCUUGAAGCUUCAGGCUAUUGAGGACCUAGUGAGCAUGCCUGAACUCUUCAUGGACACAGCCUAUGCUGUGGCAAUGCACUUCAACCUCUCAACCAGUCAGGUCCCAGCAAAGACAGACUGUGUGAUGUGUUUUGGUCCCGUGGUUCCAGAUGGCUAUGGAAUCUGUUACAACCCCAUGGAUGAACACAUCAACUUUGCAAUUUCAGCAUUCAACAGCUGCGCCGACACCAACGCAGCCCGCAUGGCGCAUUAUCUUGAGAAAGCACUGCUGGACCUGAGGACCUUGCUGGAGUCCACUCCCAAAUCCAAGCUGUGAGAGGCAAACUUGAUGCAAAACUCCUGACUAAAGGGGCUAUUCCUCAUGCACUGAAGUUCCUCAGUUCCUCAGAAAAUGAUUGAGGGGGCAGCUUCCCCUGACUGGAACCUAGGAAGGCAUCUACCAUUGGUUUCCAGCAAGAGGGAACAGAAUGAUCAUCUGCAGGUAUCAGACUCUGGUGAGAUGACACAUUGUCUUGAGCCAAAAUAGAACUGGCUGGUCCUCUCCCAUCAAGUGCACCUUCCUGUCCUGAGAGGACUGAAAUAGGAUUUUUCUGGAGCUUAUUCUAAAGGAAUACAGGAAGCACAGUCCUUACCAGUAUUUAAAUCCACUUGGUGAGGAAGGCAGUUCUUCUCAAGGAAAAGCAGGGAAUGUUUAUUCUAGGAUGCAACUACUCUAAAUCUUCUUGCUGGUUUAGUCUCCUGAAGAAUGCAGCAUCUUUCAGACUUGACUGAAGACUGUUGCUGCUCUGGCAAAACAUCACCAUUGAACUUUGGCAACGGGAGAAAGAGGUUCUUGAGUCAGAGCAGAUCCAGCCUCCUGAGUGCACUGCAUUGCUUAUCCCAGCCAUUCCAACCAUUACGUGGGAAUGUUCCCUCAUUUUGGGAUGCUGGGAUCUCCUUUCCAUUGCACUGACCCUAUUAACAACAUAGUAUCAUUUGCUACAAACUAAGGUGGGGUUUUUUGUUGUUGUUGUUGUUGUUGUUCUGGGCUUUCUGUUAAGCUUGCUGUUGUAGUGCUGGCCAUGGAUCUUCAGGCUCAGCAUAAAGCUUUUUCCCUACAAUGCUUCCCCAAAUCUUCUCCCUCACACAGGUUUUGCUGGCUUUGCUUUAUGUACCUUAACACUUGCAGAGGUGAGAAGGGAUUGCCCAUGCAUUUCACAGGACACUUGUUUCCUUGUACCUUUCUUUGGAAUUGAAGAAAAGAAACAGAUGCUGACAACCUGUUUUACCAGCAAGAAGGCCACAUGCCUGGUCUCCUUCAGGGCACACCUUAACCCCAUGGGGUUUUACUCCCUGCUUCCAGAAACAACGUAUUUGUGCAUAAUGUCUUAUGCCCAAGUUGUGGACAAAUCUUUCUGGAACUGCAGAACAUACUUGCAUUUCUGGCCCACAGAGUUCAGAUCUGUUAGAGCUAAAGGAAAAACAGCUGCAGAAUCCCUCUCUGUUGUCAUCACUCUGCUUUAACAAGGCUGAAAAUCUUGAAAAGCAGGAAGAAAGCCAAGGACAUGAGGGCAUGAUUGUCCACUGUGGCAGCUGUUGCUCCUGCAGCAGCAGCAGGAGGUUUUCUGCCACUCCUGGGAGGUUUUUUUUCCUUACUGCCACGUUACUCAAACUUGUGCCAGCUCUACUCUGUGAGAGAAUGAUCUCCUGACAGUCUUGUCAUGUUCAGUUGACAAAUCUGAGACAGUGAAAGAUGAUCUAUAAACAUUAACAUACAAUUGUAGCAUAGGAACUUUUGUAAAGCAGGAAUUCCAGUGAACCUGCCAGAAUCCAAGGUCCUGACUAUACUUUUAUUUAGUAAAACUGUGUGGUAAGGAAGAAUUCUAGUACCAUUUCUGCAACAGGAAUUUAGUAUUUCAAUUGCACACCCUCCAAGCUGUGCCUGCUGGGACACCACCAUAAACAGGAAGCUUUAGGAGUCUGAUGGCCUGUUUUAUAACAGGGAAGUAUUUCAUCAUAAUUGCUGCUUUUCUGAUCACAGAACAGUCAUGAUCAAAGUGCCUUGAUGAACAUUUAUGAAGAAAUUUGCACUAAAUUUAUUUAAAGAAAAAAAAAAUAUCUCUGAUUUGCUUCUUGAAAGACACAAGCCAACACUACUGCAUUUUUUUUUCCUAAAAGGAUGUUAUUUCAAAGCUUCUAUACACCUAAAUAAACCUUAAAAAGGAAAACUUAACUGAAACUCACCUGCACAGCCAGUGAUUGUAUGAACUGCCACCACUUUCACAUCAUCUACAUGGAUUUAGUUGAUCUUUUAGGAGAAUCCUGAAUGGAGUGAGAUUGCCUAAAAAAAACACCAAUAGGAGCACUACAAACCUGUGAGCACAAGUCCCUGCUCUAUUGACUCCUCUGUAUGAAUUAGACUGAAAAAUGCAAGAGGACACUCAGUAUUAUCACAGUGUUAAGUGACUGUAUAAAUACUACAUAAAAGACCAAACCUUGCUGGAAUAACAUCUGGGUUUAUGGAGCCUUUUAUGUUGAAAAAAUAUUCUUUUUGCCAAAGUAAUCCUCCCACUGUACUGAAUCAACCUCUCCUGCUAGGGGAUGAGUUAUUUUUCCCUGCUUGCAAUGCCUUCAACCACUGAUGUCACAGUAUUGUCGCUUAAGUAGUUUGAGACUGGCCCUUUUCUACUUCUGUCUCAUCAAAAGGGAAGGCUCUCAAAAGGAAAGUGCCUAUUAAAGAUUAAGCAGGAGUCCAGGCUGCUGUGACUGUAUCUCAGAAGAUGAUGGGAUUGAUCUAUUCUGGAUCUAAAUCUGGAUAUCCCACUGGCUUCAGCAGAGCAGAGCUGCAAGAAGCAAGACUAUCACACUGAACAAGGUACAAGAUUUAUAAACCACUUAAUGCAUCCUUAAUGACAUGCAGAGCUGAAAUUCAAAUGAACAAAGCUGAUUUUUUCAAGUGCUUGAAAGGACAUUGAAACCAUUACAAGGUUUUUCCUUUAAGAAGUCUUUUCUUAUUGUACAAGUCCUAAAAUGUGAUGUCCUUGAUUUUUUUGGUGUCAACUUACUGACUACUAUUCUCCCUGUUUCUGAUGGUUCUAUCAAGAGAUGUCCAUUGUCUUAAAGGCACAUGAAGUACAAGAACCUUAAGUUCCAGAAAAAUAAGCUACCCAUUUGGAGCAAAUCAUUUAAGAAAUGCAUAGACUGGAAGUAUUCAGAUAACUCUUGGGGUAUGAGUGGUAUUUAUGACACAGCCUGGUGGUGUUGCAUGCUUUGCUGGUUAGCUGUGUUAAAUGCUGUUUCAGUAGCAUAAUCCAUGUCGUGCAAAGUUCUGAAAUGUUCUUUGGAUCAACUGAAAUGCAAUAAACAAGUAAGUGCUACAAAAAAA